GAGCACGGGUAUAUGAUGUAUCUCUAGCCAUUAGCUGCACAACUUAGAAAAGACCCCGUCUUCUGCAUUCCGUUUCCAAAACAGCUACUCUAUCAUUGAACUUCUGUAUCCGCAUUCUCCUUCUCACUUCUUCCAUCGUCAACAUUUUCCAUUAUCAAAAAUGGGCUUCAAUCAACGCAUAUUACAAAUGUUCAACCACAAUAAAUCAUUUACAUAUGCAGAAUUGAGCCCCUCACUCGCAAACUCAGAUGGCGAUUAUCAGGAUGAGGAUAGACUUCUCAACGGCUUCUCUGCUGGCGCCGAUUCAUUCGAACACAAUGAAAAGGAACAGCCUAGCAGCUGCCACAAGAAUCACUCAUUUUUGAGGUGUUUGGGCUGGCUAAAUGGACUUUUCUUCUGUCUGUCACUUUACUUGUUCACAGCAGCCAUGGUCAAUUGGAAGCAAGUUCCAGGUGGGGAGGAGCGAAACUGGGCGCUGAAGCAAGUAUCGGAGAAAUGUAAGAGUCAAAUUAUUACCUCUACUGAAGAUAUAUCUUACUGAGGAUGUCACAGCUCCGGUUCUGGAUGCGAUUGACAUUCCGCUUUCUACCUGGCGAUUGAAUGGCACCUUUUUGGAAAGGGAGGGCGAAUCAAUCUAUCGUCAGCCUCCUUCUCCUGAAGUUGACGCAGCUUGGGCUCGUAUUGAGACUCAGAAUCCAAUCCCUCUGUCAAGACAGGAUCUCGUGAAUCAAGGCAAAGAUCCAGAAAUGUAUGCCAAAUUUCCAGAGUCAUUCGGCUUCGGCCCAGACGCCUACAUCGGAAGAAUCGAUGUCUUUCACCAGAUUCACUGUCUAAAUCGGUUGCGGAUGCAUCUAUGGUGGAAUGUGGAAUACUAUUAUCCAGAUGAAGAGAUGGGAAAAUAUCACCAGCUUCACGCCUCUCAUUGCGUGUACGCCUUGCUUCAGAAUCUGAUGUGUCAGGGUAACGUCGAUACGUACGGACACUACUGGGUUGAUAUGCAGGAAAACGCUGUUCCGGAUUUCAAUAUCAAUCACAAGUGUAGGGACUUUGAAGCUAUACUGCGGUAUCACGAUGAGAUUGCAAUACCGCUGGAGAAGUUUGGUGCUUUGAGGCGACCUGAAGGAGAACCGGUCAGACAUAUGACGCAUGAGGCGAAGGAGAUUUUUCGCUGGUUUGACAAUCACCCAGAUAAUGGACAAGAUGGAACAGAGAUUUUGUGAUUGGGUAGGCUUAACUGGUAGUUUAACACUUCAGAAGAAU